GAGAUCGGGGACGGGACAGGUAGAGCCAGGUGAACAGAAGGUACACACCUGACACUGACACACACACACUUUGUCUCUCUCUCACACACACACACGGACACACACGGGCUGAGGGAGAGGAGGCGGCCGUUGCGCUGAAGAGGCUCUUGGGACUUCACAUCCUGCUCAGCACACCGGGAACCAGAGAAGGGGGGACCAUUAGGAGCGUCAGGGCGCAGCAGACACAGCAGCUGCUGCGGGCUCGGACUGUUCAGAGAAGGGCUGAACUGCGCCUUUAACUCCCGGGACUCUGUGAGUGAUUAAGCGGAGGGCUGCAGCCUCCUGCCGGGGCGGAUUACUGCCCGCUGUGGUCUCACAUAAUCCGCACUUUGGGAUUUUCUUCAAUGUUCCCGGAGCAGAGUAGCAGGUAGUUCCUGCCCCGACCUCCCCGCGCACCUUAUUUCUCUAUUCUAACCCCGGGGGAGGGGAGGGGGGUCAGAGACCCGGUGUACCCGCUUAAUCCCGCACCUGCUGACCGCAGCAGCACCAUGAUCAGCUCCGAGGGCCUGAGGCCGGCCUCGAACGGCAGGAAGCCGCUGGGCAAGCUCGCCACCCGCCUGGAGGAGGUGAAGAACCCGUGGCGGCAGGGCUCCACGCUGGAGCUGAGCCACAACGAGGCGGCCCGGCUGGCCACGGACGCACUGCUGGAGCACGGGGAGAAGGAGUACCGCAAGGUGCUGACCGAGGAGCGGGAGGUGAACUUCCUCUCCCCGCUGGAGAUCCACUACAUCACGCAGCAUGCGGCCAGCAAGACGUGCGGCGGCCCCGACAGCAACGGCGUAGGGCCCGGGGACCGGGACUUCGGGGAUGGGGACGCCGUGUCCGAGCUAACUUCUGGGACUUACUUCCCCAUGAUGUCCGACGAGGAGCCGCCGAUGCUGGAGCUCGGCUGGCCGGACACACCGACGAGAUACGGACCGUCGGAGACUCAGAUCUACUUCCAGAGAGACAAAAGCCACAACAUCAAAGAUCUCAUCAGGUCCCUGAUCAACAAGGCCAAGAAGGUGAUCGCCGUGGUGAUGGACGUGUUCACGGACGUGGACCUGCUCUGCGACCUCAUGGAGGCGUCCAACAAGCGCCGAGUCCCCGUCUACAUCCUGCUGGACGAGAAGAACCUCGGACACUUCACAGACAUGUGCUCCGCGCUGGAUAUUCAGAACUCUCACCUCAGUAACAUGCGUAUUCGCAGCGUUUGUGGCGACACGUACUGCACCAAGAGCGGCAAAAAAUUCACCGGACAAGUCCUGGAGAAGUUUAUGAUCAUCGACUGUGAAGAGGUCAUCGCCGGAUCCUACAGUUUCACCUGGUUGUCGGCUCAGGUGCACAGCAACAUGGUGAUGCAUUUCUCGGGGCGCAUCGCCGACAGCUUUGACCGAGAGUUUCGCUGUUUGUACGCCGACUCUCAGAUCAUCGACUGUUUCUACAACCCGGAGGAGGACGGGAUGCCGUACUACCCACCGUACCCUCCCGUGAUUGCCCCCAGCCUGGCUCUGGGACUCAGCCCAGGCCACGGGCUGGAUCUACUGUCUGAAAGGCAGCGGGACAGGGGGUGCUCCGAAAACUCUAGCAGCCAAUCGAGUAACAGCAUCUCCAGUGUGAAGGCUGCACCUGGAAUGUCCUCAAACACGGUCUACAAGGUCACGCAAAGUCAUGAUAAGGAGGCUGCAGCUGGCUCCCACCUGAGCCCUGAGAGAAGAGUAGGACUGAGCGACCGAUCGGGGGGACAGACCCCUACACCAGGAGGGCGAAGCUCUGCUAACGGGGGAAUCAAUUUCGCCCCAAUUCCCGAUCGCCCGCCACCGGCCUACGGUCAAGCGAUGGGUAUUGAGUGGAACAAACCCAACACAGCAGAUGUCUUGCGGGCAAAUAUCGGUGGAACCUCUACCAAGUUCCAGGGUUUGGGGCUGUACGAUCACAAACCAGAUCUCUUCCCCUCCUCGAUACCCUCCCCAGUCAAUGACACCAAACCACCGCCUAAGCAAAGGCUCCCCGGCGGGAUGUUCAACAAACUUUCAGAUUACCUCCUGUCAUCCAACUCUAAAGACAGGGACACCUACAACUUCCGGAGGACUCCGUCUCCUCACGGCUCACCCUGGGGAGGACCGGACCUUUCUCCAACUGAGCCGGAGAGUCAGCAGAGUCCACCGCCGCCACUCUCUCCGGUCGGUAUAAUAAGCCGGAAGGACCAGAAGCGAAUGACGCUGGGCCACAGCAAGCUGGACCUGGUGAACCAAUACAACAAGAUGAAGCCCAAGCAAGUGUACAGCCGCUUUGAGCUCAAGGGCACGAAUUAGACUGAAGGCCAACCAUCAGAGAGGUUAAUGUGACUCCGGAACAUUCCUCUGGUAUCUUAUAUUAUAAAGAAAAGACUCUGAGAUCUUGGAAAUUGCUCAAGUUUGGUCUUCGGACCUCAGCCCUACAGGAAACUAAGACUCUUGAGGAGCCAUUUUGGCUCCGCGUGGUUUCCCGUUUAUCAAACGAGAGGUUUUUGGCUUUUUUUGAGGUCAUAGUUUACCAAACAAAUCACACUUUUACUAAGUCUGCACAUCAUGAUUCAACUACAGUCACUACCUGAGUAAAUAUGUUCUCAUAGGUGAAAUAAGUUUCAAAGAUAAGCCACUGACUGUUUGCUGACACGUGAAAACCAUCGAAAUGUGAAUUUUUGCCUUCAACACUCGAGAGGCUUUCAUGUGGGCAUUUCUUUACAUUUUUAUACUCGGCAACAUUCCUGAGCAACAAUUUGAAUUCUUCCUUUGGGUAAACUUAGGAUUCUGCAGUUAUUGUGCUUUUUUUAAAGAAUAUAAUAAUAUUUGUAAUAACAGGGCUGAAGAAUUGUUUCCUCCACAGAGAUUUUUCUUGCAUUUAGUGAACGUUUAUGCUACAUUCAGAUGGAAACUAACGUUUAUCUGACUGGAUCCCAGCCUGGGGCUCAGCUCUAAAUAUGGUGAUGGUUUUAAAAAAAGAUCAUUGAUACUAAUACUGCUGGAAUUCUGCAGAUUAAUACGAUCACGUUGUUGGGUUUCACAUUGUGACUUCCACAGUUCUUAUUGGAGAAGUUUGAAUCUGAGGUUAUUUUUUUGUUUCAUCUUUUUGUUCUCAUUAAGUAAAUGAAGGGAUCAGUGAGUCACCUACCAAACAAAGAUUUUUACUCUGACAGUCGACUGUUUCUGCUCUGUAAACGAGUCAUGCCAUAUACUACCACUAAGUAAAAAAAUAUUAAAUUAGAUAGAACACAAGAUUUUUUAUUAUGGGAAAAAGUUCAGAUGUAAAAAUUUAAAUCUCUCAAAAUAUUCAGUUUGCACUGUUAAAGCGAUGACAAUGAAAAUCUUUGAGAAGAUUAAAGAUAACUGGCAUAUCAUUAUUGUUUAAUCGUGACUAUAAGUGAAACAAUCAUUCAAUCAAAAUAAUGAUGAUUAAUCAAUUGUUUGAACUCUACAGUUUAUUCAAACAAGCCAAACCUGGAAAUACUGACAGAAAUCUUACAUCCAGCCACAAACAGUAAAGUGAAGUUUAGUAACCUUUGCUCCUGGGAGUACGACAACACGUGCCUUGAUCAUCCUGCCUUAAGGUUUGCAGUCACAUUUUCGACAGCCUGUCUCCAGCGGCCUCGGUUAGUCUCGGUCACAGUUUUACUUUCGUUGUUCAGCACAGGGAGCAAUCUGUGCUGUGAAUAGUAGAAGCAAUGCCAGGAUGUUUCGUGGUGCUCGUCAUGUUCUGGGAAAGUCGGGAGAAACUAAACUGCAGGGUCGUAGGGCAUUUUGUUUACAUCGGAUGAGACGAUCUGUGUCGAGAAUCUACAUUUACGUUCCUCAGCUUUCCUUGUAACGGAGGCUCGUUCCUCCCGCUGCACAGUUUUACAGCAAACUUGUAGAUAUGUAUAUAAAUGAUUAAUUAUUUUGCUCUUCAUCACUCUGCACCGCAGUGAUUCCUCCUCAGUGGAGCAGCAGAUGAGGACGUAAAAUCACUCUAAGCAAUAAGGAUUGAUACUGAUCAAUAGUUCUGAUGUGUGUCUUUUGUUUACUGCUCAUUCAGUGGGCGCCUUCUGUUUUUAUUUGCCCCCAAAUCAGCUGGACAUUUGAUUUAUUUGUAUAUGUUUUCCCAUGUAAUGUACAUUAUACUGUAUAUAGUACAUGAAGUUGGGUCAUUGUUAAGAAAAACACUCUUCGACUUUAUUUUUACAGUUUAUUUACUGGAGAAUGUGAACUUGAAGUUAAUUUGUGUGUUUAAGUUGUUUUUAAUUUGUAAGAUGAACAAAAUUUAAUAAAAACAUG